AAAUCAAUACCAUUUGGAGGAAAUGAUGAAGUUGCAAAUAAAACUAGCAGCACACUUGGAUAUAUGAGUUCCACACAGGCUUUAGCUGAUUAUGCCACACUCAUAAUUGAUCUGAAGAAGAAUUUAUCAGCAACUGAUUCCCCUGUUGUCGUGUUUGGAGGAUCCUAUGGUGGAAGUAUAUAUUAAAUGUUUUAAUUGUUUAUUGUAACCAAUUUAUAUCGUAUUUUUCUAUAUAUAGUUCAAUUCAACCCCCCAUCUUCAUAUAUAGUUAAAAUUGAGUACUACUUCUAUUUCAGUGUUAGCUGCAUGGUUUAGGAUGAAGUAUCCGCACGUUGCCAUUGGAGCUUUGGCAUCUUCUGCUCCAAUCCUUCAAUUUCUGGAUUUAGUUUCACCAUACACCUUCACUAACAUUGUCACUCAAGACUACAAGAGUGAGAGUGAGAAUUGUUACAAAGUGAUUAAAGGGUCUUGGAAAGAAAUAGAUGACACAGCCAAUACACCAGGAGGAAUAGAACAGCUACAGAAAUCGUUCAGAUUGUGCAACAAUAAUAUAAGUGCAGGUGAUCUGAAAAAUUGGCUUCAAACGGCUUUAAUGUACACGGCAAUGACAGAUUAUCCAACACCAUCCAAUUUCGUGACUCCAUUGCCAGCUUAUCCAGUAAAAAAGAUGUGCGAAGCGAUUGAUAGCAAAUCCUCUGGAAACGAAACAUUCACCAAACUGUAUGCUGCAGCCAAUAUCUUCUACAACUAUAGUGGAAGUGUCAUAUGUUUUGAUAUUAGUAAUGAUUCAGGGGGAUGGGAUUGGCAGUCAUGUACGGAAAUGAUAAUGCCCCUUGGUGGGAACAAUGAGGAGAGCAUAUUUCCAGCUCACAAGUGGGAGUUAGAAGAGACACUCUCUUACUGCAAACAGACCUAUCACAUAGAUCCAAGACCCCAUUGGAUUACUACUGAGUUUGGUGGUCAUGAUAUCGGGAGAGUUCUGAAAAGAUAUGGGAGCAACAUUAUCUUCUUCAAUGGUUUAAGAGACCCUUGGAGUGGUGGAGGGGUAUUGAAGAAUAUAUCAAAAACUUUAAUUGCCAUAGUUGCAAAAGAAGGAGCUCAUCAUGUAGACCUGAGGUUCUCAACAAAGGAAGAUCCAGAAUGGCUAAAGGAUGUAAGGAAACAAGAAGUAAAGAUCAUAACAAGUUGGAUCUCGCAAUAUUAUCAAGACCUACUACAAGGAUGAAGAAAUUGAAUAUUAUACAUUAUUUGGAUUAAGGAUAAUAUUUCUCCUCAUACUUCACUAAUACAUAUUGACAUUGUUAUUAGCAUUUAAUUUAUAUGCAUCUGUGUGAAUAAACCAUUCUGAUGAUAAUUGGUCUUUGCUUUCA